CUUUCCAUCAUAUGGUCUUAAAUUGACUUGACAGAAUCAUCAAUCUAUUCGCUUCAAUUUUCAUCUAAAUUUUUUAAUGGCACUUUCUCUUUAUAUGCUGUAGAUAAAGCAUUGAACAGAAAUGGCAACUGCAGCAUAUCACGGAUCGUUGCUACCUUCAGUUGCUCGUCUACGUCAAAAUCUAUCAUUUUACAGUUCAUCGAGUAGUUCAGUGGCAAUCGAAAAGAAGGGAUCGUCCAAAGGAAGAGGCAGGCGCCUGGCAGUGGUGAGAUGUAACAUAGGAAUAGAGGACUUCAUUGGAGGAGAUCUUGUAAAGUUUGAUUUGGGACAGUGGUUGUUAGACGUCGAAGAGCACAAAGCUUUGGCUAUCUACUCACCACACGAAGGUGGGUACGAGGGCCGGUACCUUAACCAGCUUCGGUACCAAGGCUACCACUUCUUGGACCUCUCAGCCCGUGGCCUUGGUGAUCCUGAAGCCACUCUCACCAAGUUUCACCCUGUUUGUCCUGCUCACGUAGGGAAACAGCCGAUAGCCAGAUGGUAUUUCCCACCAGAAGUUGAUUACAGGCUCUCUCUGCUUCCACCAAACGCCAAAGGACUAGCGGUUUGGAUCAUUGAAGCGAAGGUUUUGUCGAAGGCAGAAUUGCAGUUUCUUGCAUUACUUCCCUCACUAAGGCCUAGAGUGAGGGUGAUAGCAGAAUGUGGAAACUGGAGAAAAUUUAUGUGGAAACCACUCAAAGAAAUUGCAGGACUGCCAGCAAAUUGAUGAUCUUCUAUUCGAAAUGAUUAAAUGACAGCCAAGAAUGCAACAGAUGGAAAAAUACCUUCAGCCCCUCGCUUGUCCAGGUACCACAGAGCAGUUUUUCGCAUCACGAUUUGUAUAACUUGUAAAUUAUAUUAUUGAGAGAAUAUAUGGUAAAAAAUGAAAAGAAAAAAAAAAUUGUACCAAAUUUAGAUUUAAUUUUUUUUUUCACUCGAUGAAUUUAGUUGGUGAGUCCAAAGAAAAAGCAAUGUUGGUGUUUGAAAAAUG